CUUCGCACGCACCGCCGCUCGCUGGCCCUCCUCGCACUCGCACGCUGUGUCGCCGUCGACAGCGCACCGCCGUCCCGAGUCCGUCCACCCCGGCUCGCACACGCCAGUACCUCUCCUCAGCCGCCGCGGCACUCGUCCCGCCGUGCGCCCAGUCCGCGCGCCCAACGACCGCUUUGCUGGCCGCCGCUCCCCUGCCCAAGCCUCGCACGUUAUCUGCCAAACAUUCCACCACGCACCAGUUUCCGUGCCCGCGCAGCGGCUUGACCAAUGUCGUCUCCAUGUCACCGCCCUUGCCCGCACCGAGACAUGGUACCUCACCCCCCGCAUCGGUGAGGUCAAAUGCGCCACGGACCCCCGGCCGCCAUGAAGACCCAACGCGCUCUUCGCCUACCCGCGACGAGGUGACCCCCAAGAGCCUCGCGCAGACGGGGCGUUCCAAAACAGCGCCCCUGGACCUGAACCAUCUGUGGACCCCAUCCAUCGAUCAACCCCAGCUGUCGGAGCGCGACAGCAUCUUCGCUACCACGUACCUGCCAUCCGACAGCCCCGCUCCCUCUCCACGCACGCCCGCCCGCACAGAACACGCAAACUACAAUGGCCUUGACCCAGGCCCUUCAAACACGGCAGUCAAUGCUCCGGCGCCGCCACCAUUGACAGCUGCUCCCGCCGCCCGCCAGCACCAACCCCACCAGACCCCAUCCACCCUCGAAGAGCCCCAGAGCCUCCUUUCCGCACGCUUCAGUUCGAGCAAGAAACAUAGAUCAGACAUGGCCCCCGACGGCACGGGCGAGAGCCCACCCCCCUUCAUGAGUCCGGUCGAUUCACCUGUGCAUCGGCCUGCCACCCCUCCCGGUACUGUCCAGACCACGGGCUCGUUGGACGACGCGCUUGCCGAAUCGGGAUACACUGCGGAGCGGUUGAAGAACCGAAUAUGGCGUGUUGGCAAUGUCGAACCCUACCUACCGCAUGGAGGACAUGUGCACAGAAGGGAGGGUCACGUCGAAAAGAAAAUUGAAGCUACACUAGCAAAGACCGAAGUGCCAGCAGCUGCACGGAGUCGGAAGGCGAGCCACUACCUACGGGUCUUCAAAGAGAACGAUGCUGCAGAAGAGCAGAAGAAGCGCGAGGGUCGCGGGAAGGACCGCCGACAGGCUGAGAAGCUUCCUCCGACCGUUCAAGAGGAGGAUGUUGCCCGAACACCUGCUAGUGCAUUGACAGAGCAGAUCCAGAGGGCGUCCCGUGCCUCGUCUACAGCCCAAUCGCCAUACAAUGGCCCUACAAAGUCGUACUUUAACUCUACCACCUAUGAUAGCCACGACGAUGGGAGCAUACAGUUCAGCGUCGAUGGAGCAGGACAGGCGCAGGAGCUCCCCACACGGCUGCUCGAAGAGAUCAGAAAUUUCCACAAUCUUACCCCGGGGGGUCCGCGUGGCUCGUCAUUCUCGAAAAGUCUUCCCACAGCUGCAGCUGAAAAGCUACGUUCUCAUGUGGCCAAAGCUCGUACGCCCCACCCGCGAGAGCCUUCGGAUUAUUUCCAGACAUCGCGCGAAGGAAGCCCGGACCGCUCUCCUGGUUCAGAGGAAGACGAGUCUGAGAAAGAACAUAUUUCAUCAGCUCUGUACUUUCCUCAUCGUCAACUGAAGUCGCCUGAACCUAUUCCACAAGAAGAGGAGACGCGGAAAGCGGAAGUACAUUCCACUCGGAGGCUAAGCACUGUCAAUGCAGGCAAAGGGCCCAUGGGAGGGACCACGGAGGAGGCUGUAAAGACCCCCCAAGAGGUAGAAAUCUCUUUACAGUCACAAGAUACAAAUGAAUGCCUGCAUGGUGACAUCCGAACGACUUCUUCCCAACGGCAGGAUGACAGUACCUCGCUGGCUUCUGCAACUACUGACGCGACUACGUCGGCUGAGUCCGAGUACGAUUCGCUAGCGGAAUCGUCUCAUUCACUCAAUGACUAUGAUUCCAGUGCGACUGAUGACCUAGGCACAACUCCCACCGCAACACCGCGCAAGCACAAACAAGAGCCCGUUGCACCCGCACAGCCACCUGCGCCGCUUGGCGCGGUCGAGCUGAAACCAUUUAACCACCAAGUUGGCGGUCACACGACGGUAUAUCGCUUUUCAAGGCGAGCCGUGUGUAAGCAACUAAACAACCGAGAAAACGAAUUUUAUGAGACGGUUGAGCGACAGCAUCCGGAGCUGUUGGACUUUCUUCCAAGAUAUAUUGGUGUUCUCAAUGUCACCUAUCGCAAAGCGCCGAAACGGAAGAAGACCAAAGACAAGACGAAGGGGGAUGCGGUCGCUCAAGCCAACGCCGAUGUGUCAGCGAAGCAGGACUCGGGAGAGCACGGCCUUCCCAAGCCAAAGGAAGAUCAACCUAGGAUCGUCAGUCACUCUCAGCAGACGACUGCGGUCCCUCAGGUUGUGUUCGAGAAUAAUCGUCACAUUAUCCCUGAGAACCUUUUCCGCUUGCCACCACGUCGCUCCGCAACACCUGAUCCUUGGAUUGGCAGUUCGUAUUCGCAGUACCACCGAAGAAACCAAAGCGAUAUUGGCUUUUCGGCGGUGGAUGAUAGUCCCAACCGCCCUCCUCUACGACAGCAGAGCAGCUGGGGUGUCACCACUAUCAACCGAAAACUGCAAGAAGAGGUUCUGCGACAAGUGUUUGCGCCGCCCCCAAUCCAUCACCGCCACCGCCAUCAUCAUCACAACAGUCUGCCUCAUCGAUCAAGAGUGGAUCCGCACGCCAUGAUGAACUCGGUACCUUCAUUGCGCAGGAACAGCGCAGACAUCUCGGAGAUUUCUAUGCACGAGGAGUCGACCCGCAAGCAGGUUCUCAAGGCAGAAGCCCAUCGUCACAUGGCAAGACCAGCCAGUGGCAGUCUGCCCCGUGACUCUCCUUAUCCAUCCCAUGAGUCACUUGAGACACCCCCGACACCAACAAGCUCCCGCCGUCGCCAUUCGGGCGGUGGCCUCACACGUAGACCGUGUGGUGUGGACACGGAUCACAGAGCCCCUUUGGAAUAUUAUGAAGAAGACGGAUAUGGCGGCGAUGGAGAGGAGGAAGUUUUUGCUAUGGAUGAAGAUGCUCGGUUGCAGCAAGCCAAAGCAAAGUAUGAGCAGAUGCACAUAGGUGACGCCUCGGCACACCAGGGCACUGCCCCGGAAGCCACGAUGCUACCAGCCCCAGUGUUGAAGGAAAGGGCUCCACUUGCUUUGGAAGAACCCCCCGCAAAUCCCAAAGCGGCCCAGCAGCAACCUGACGAGCGCGUCCAACAUUUCUUGCUGCUCGAAGACCUGACUGCCGGCAUGUCGAAGCCGUGUGUUUUGGACCUGAAGAUGGGCACGCGGCAGUACGGUAUCGAAGCCGAUGACAAGAAGCAACGUUCACAACGACGCAAAUGUCAGAUGACCACGAGCCGAGAGCUGGGUGUUCGUGUCUGUGGCAUGCAGAUAUGGAAUGUCAAAACCCAGAGCUACGUGUUUGAAGACAAGUACUACGGCCGCGAUUUGAAGGCUGGUAAAGAAUUUCAGGAUGCGCUCAAGCGCUUCUUCUGGGACGGCAGCGGUCACAAAGCGGCCCUGAAACAGAUUCCCAUUAUUCUAGAAAAGAUCAGCGCCUUGGAGAGGAUCAUACGCGGCCUACCCGGGUACCGCUUUUAUGCUAGCAGCCUCCUCAUGCUCUACGAUCGGGGCGAGGGCGAGCAGAAAGAAAAGGAGCCGCCGUCACUUCCCAACGGACUCUCAAGCUCCAGUAACGAGGACGUCACAGCAAUCUCCCCGAACCCCGCACCAACAUCCAAUCCGUCUUCGAGGUCCACCUCAGACAUCAAGCUGAAGAUCGUGGACUUCGCGAACUGCGUCACUGCCGAAGACUCGCUGCCCGACACCGUGCCCUGCCCACCUCAUGACCCGGAAGGCGUGGACAGAGGAUAUCUCCGUGGACUGCGGUCGCUGCGCUUGUACUUCCAGCGUAUAUGGCGCGAUGUCAACGAGAAGGAUUGGGUGGAGAGGGGCGAGGGCGAGGGUAUGGCGAGAGAUGAUCACCACGAUGGCCCGGGGAUGGGAGUAUCGGGCCCCGGGUGGCUAGAUGAGGCAGUUAACCAUGAUACGGGGUAUGUCAGCUUUUGA